AUGUCUGGCAAGGACCCCCCGCGUGGCCCGCGCGCCCUCCGCGAGUCGAUCGAUCCUCAUUCCUCGUCGUCAGCCGCGACGGCCAGCGGUACUAGUAUCAACAAUAGCGUGAACCACCCUUCAACAAAUCCCAGACUGGGGGCGACGCCCCCGACGGGCCCCAGGUCGUUUCAGAACAACGCUGGCUCGUCGCGAGCUGCAAGUUUAUUGAACGGCAAGGGGUCGCUGCCCAGCGGGCCAGCGGCGACGCGCCAGAAGAUAGUCCAGAUAAAGUGGGCUCCGAAAACGAAUGGCUCUAUACCGACUGGCCCGCGCGCAGACCGCGCCUCAUCGUCGGCCCCGCCGCCGCCGCCUUCGGGACCGCCGCCUCCACCACCGCCGCCCGCCGGCGCGCCUCCACCACCACCAGGUCACGAGCCGCCUCCACCUCCACCGCCCAGCUGGGAUCCGCCGCCGCCGCCUCCUCCAGGUCACGCGCCGCCGCCGCCGCCAUCAGCAUCGGCGCCUCCACCUCCACCACCUCAACCGUCAACACCAGCACCGCCAUCCGUACCGAGACCGCCAAGUGACCCGCCUCCACCGCCGCCGGCGUCGUUGCCGCCUCAAAGUGGUGAUGGCCCGCGUGUUCGAAUAUCUUUGAGCGGCGCCAAGGCAGUAGCGCCUACGGCUUCGGCAUUUACCGAUGCGAGCCCGCCGCCUCCUCCGGCGCCCAGGGCAGCCCCGCCGCCGGCACCGACCGGUCCGCCUCCACCCUCCGGCGCGCCGCCGCAAUUGCCCAAAUUCAAUAUCGAUGUGCCUCGCCCGCCGCGGUCCGAUUCGCGACCGCCUUCUCAGCCGCCCUCGGCUCCGAAGGUUUAUCGCGCGCGGGCGCCUGCUCCCAAACCGCCGGCAAGUCCUUCCCCGCCGCCGCCUCCCCCACCACAGGAACCGGUCGCAGCACCUCCGCCUUCACCACCAAGGGAAGAUACGCCUCCUUUGAUCGUAACUAGGAUCGAAAGUUCUCCGCCUCCACCACCUCCACGUUCACCUUCGCCUGUAUUAUAUUCUUUACCGCCUCCUCUACCCUGGCCGCCCCGCGACGAAUAUGCAUCUGUACGCGACUUCAAGGUUAUCUUUGACCCGUCCAUCGACCGCGACUCCGCGUCCAUUCGCAAAUAUUCUGCUCUUAUUGAGACCGUGCGCGAGCAAGGUCCCGGGAAUGCGGAUGAACCGAGAAUCAAGGGUAAAGGGAGGGGCAAGGAGCUGCUGCUGAGGUAUCAGGGCGAAGUCGUCGAUGGCGAGGAUGUGCCAGUAGCCAGGGAUCCGAGGAAAGUGGAAGGCUUCAAGCGCAUACAAGGGCACCGUAUUGCGCGAAACGAGCUUUACACGGUGCAGUAUGAGUGGGACGAAAACUCGACUGGACCCGCACCACCGCAGACAAUCCUCGUUACACGCCUCAACCCUCUCGCACCGAGAGAGCACGUCAAACGUCACUUCUCAAGAUACGGAACAGUCAUCGCGCACGAGCCUCAGAUCGACAAGAUGACCGGCGCCGCAUUGGGCAUUCACGUCUUGAAGUUUUCCUUAGCCGCCGAAGCGCGUGCUGCAGCCGCGGCGGAAGAUGGCAAGACGAUGAGUCUCGUGGGAGUGAUGGGUGUGAAGAGCGGAGGGGAGGAGCCGAUGCGUGUCGUCCUGGACGGAGAGGGCAAGGCGCUUAAGGCGGUUCUCAAGGAGAUCGAUGAAAGGAAGCGCGAGAAGCAGGGCUUGAAGAGGCGCAGGGACAAUGCGCCCUCGGCGACUCCUGCGUCCGGUUCAUCUCAUAAGCAUGCAGGGACACCAGGUUCUGCGGACACGCCAGGCGGUCACACGCCGAUCCCGCCUUCGGCGUCUAUGCCUUCUUCGUCGUCCUGGCGCGGAGGAGGCGCCAACUCGGUUCCACUCAACGCCUCCCGCUCGUCGAACGCUACCGCAGGACCCUCGUCGUUGACUCCGCACUCGUACAGUCACGGGCACCGUGCACCCUCGCCCGUGCAUCACUCGCAUGGUCCAACACCGUCCAGUUCACAUCACUCGCUCCCAGCAAAUCCAAUUCCAGGUCUACCCGCCAAACCCACGAUCGCUCCCGCACCACCACCGGACAGAGAAGCGCGCGGGCGUCCCAUGGUACAGCGCAAACCUCCCGCAAGCAUGCUCAAGGCCCGACACCACGGCACAGGCGAGUUGUUACUCGCUGAGCCAGCUGUGGACUGGGAUCGCGACAGAGACAGGGACAGGGACAGGGACAGGGACAGGGACAGGGAUAGAGACAGAGACAGAGAUCGGGACAGAGAUAGGGAUAGGGAGAGGCCCAGGAGUAGGAGCAGAGAUCGGGAUCGGGACCGCGAACGGGAUCGAGAUCGAGACCGAGGUCGUGAGCGAAGUUGGUCUCCUUUGCGAGGUGACAGCUACAUUCCCUCGCGCGACAGGAGGAGCUCUAAGACGAGUUUAUCGUCGUUCCGCGCGCGCGACCGGGAUCGCGACCGUGACCGGGGUCGUGCGCGGGAUCGGGAUAGUUGGGACAGGAGGGACGCCGACCGUCGCGAGCUCGCGAGGGAUUGGAGGGAGCGGGAUGGAGCGCACCAUGCUGACGGUGGAAGCCCGAUGCCGAUCUCGCGCUCUCCCAGCCCAGUCGUUUCCCGCACGCAAAGGAACAAGCGUCGCGAAGAGACCGCGGAGAAGCUGGCGUCGAAUGGGAUGGACUACCUGAAGAUUGAAGGGCUCAGGCUAGGAAAGGACGAAGGGGAGAAGGGCGUAAGGGAGGUCCUGGGCGAGUUUAAUAUCGACCAGGUCCUUCAAGACGACCGCGGGUUCUAUGUAGCCUUUACGGCUCCUGGAUCUGCGCGCCGCGCACACGUCUUCCUAGGCGCAGGACACACUAUUGCCAAUUAUUCCGUCACUGCGUCCGUGCAUACCGCGCCGCAGCCGAAGUCCUCAACUUCCGCAUCCGGUGUGACUGGGAAGUACGUUCCAAGUGCUACUGGACUGCCGAUGUAUGUGGGCCCCGGGAAGGUGGACGAGGACGAGCUUCUAGCAGCUGCGGGGAAGAUACUGGCGAAGGAGUUGAGGCAGACGUUGGAGAAGGACGUCCUGGAGAGAGUCGUGGGGAAGAGGGUACAAACGCUUGUCGCGGCCCAUCACCGACCGGCGCCCUUGGCUGCGAACAAGUCGGUCGUACCGAAUGCACCAGGUGUAGGUCGCGACCUGAAGGGGUUGAGCUUCAAGAAGGGGAAGCGUGCGAGGGAAGAGAGCGAGAGGAGGGAGAAGGAAGCUGCGGCGAAGAGGGAGAGGGAGGAGGCUGCGGCUGAGGACGUGGAGAUGGAGGUUGAGUCAGAAGCCAAGCGGCCGAAGAAGAAACGGAGAAAGGUCGUUGAGGUCGAGAGCGAGGACGAGGAGUCUGCAGCUCCGACAGUGGCCUCACCUGUACCUGUGCCAACUCCUACUCCCGUGGCUCUGGAGGUACCUUCUGUCACGCCCGAACCCUUUCAUGCAGCCUCCAAGCGCGCUUCACCGCUCGAGGACGAUCUCAUGGACGAUCGUGAACCUAAGCGCCCGCGCGUGGUUGACGACGACGAGGGAGAGAGCGAGGUGGAGCGCGACGAGCCCGUCUCGUUGCCUUCUGCGCUUACGGUCGCGCCCAAGAAGGGCAAGGACAAGAAGGCCACGAAGGAACGCGACCGGAAAAAGAAGGACAAGAAGGACGACGUCCAUGCUGUCAUCCCCGCGCCUGUGGACGAACUCAUUCUUGUACCGCCGCAUCUUAUCCAGCUCCGUGUCCCCUCUCCUCCGCCUGUUGUCGCACCUGUCCGGGAACCAUCGCCUAUACCAAUACCCUCCCCAGAGCCCGAAGAGGUUGCGCCGCCGCCGCCCAAGCCACGACCCAAACCUCGUCCGAAACCUCGUACCCAGCCCGCCCAGCCUCCGCCUCCCGCAGAUCCAUAUGCAGCCGGAGUCUGUGUGGACGACGAAGACGCGUUUUACGCCCGUCUGGCCCUCGCAAAGGACUACGGACAGGACGUUACUCAGUUGCUCGAGCCUGGCGAGCCCGAUGCGCCAGAGGAAGAGUCUGGACCGAAGCCCUUCCGAGUGCAUGCUACUGGCUCUGCGAGGACGGAAGGGUACUACAAGAUCGCGCACGCCGACAAGAGCGCGUAUGUGGCUCAAUACGCUGCUGCUCGGGCGCCGACCACGUCUACGACCACUGCAACUAUCACAGCGAGCAAGUCAUCCACGCCGUCGGGUAUGGUCAGCUCGCGCAGUAACCGCGCGAACGCACGUCGGCAGGCACAAGGCCUCGAGGAACUCAAUGCCGUUCAGCGAGCCAUGGCACUAUCCAAGGGCGAACAGGCCGGAGACUCGCUCGCGCUCAAGUUUAACCAGCUGCAAAGCCGGAAGAAGCACUUGCGCUUCGCGCGGAGUCCCAUUCACGACUGGGGUCUGUACGCUAUGGAACGCAUCUCGCGGGGCGAGCUGGUCAUUGAGUAUGUCGGCGAGGUCAUCCGGGCGCAGGUCGCGGAUAAGCGCGAGAAGGCGUAUGAGAGGCAGGGGAUCGGAAGCAGCUAUCUGUUCAGGAUCGAUGAAGAGAUGGUCGUGGAUGCUACGAAGAAGGGUAAUCUUGGACGCCUGAUCAAUCAUUCGUGUGACCCGAACUGUACAGCGAAGAUCAUCACCAUUCAGGGUGAGAAGAAGAUCGUCAUCUACGCCAAGCAGGACAUCGAGCUGGGCGACGAGAUUACCUACGACUACCACUUCCCCAUCGAGCAGGACAAGAUCCCCUGUCUCUGCGGCUCGGCCAAGUGCCGCGGCUACCUCAACUAG